UUUUCUUUUUUUCUUUUUUUUUUUUUGCACCAGAGCCCUUCUAUUUUAUUUUGAUUUAAUUUUGACGCAGAGAUAUAUUAUAUAUUAUAAAUAUUAUGGCAAGCAUGAGGCUUACAUGGGCCCUCCCCAAGUGCUUCCUCAGGGUCGGCCCAUUAGCGGCCCAAGGAAGCCCAAGGAGUGUUAGGCUAGUGGUUACAAGCACUCAAAAGACCUUCCAGAGCCCUGGGGGCGAGGAUGCUGAGAAGCCGAUGACAGAAACGAUGGGAGAUCAACUAAAGAAAACUGCCGAGGACGCGAGGGGGAUUGCUAGCACAGCAGCGAGCCAGGCUUCUGAAACAGCACAGGACCUUGGGGACAGAGCAAAGCAGGUAGCCCAGGAUGCAUGGGACUCGGCCAAAGGGACUGCCCAGAAGAUUAAGGACACCGUCGUCGGCUCUGCGGAAGAGACCGGAGAGAGCAUCAAGGAGAACGCCAAGACCGUCAAGCGCGCCAUGAACACAAAGAAUCGCUAAUCGGUUAAUUCCCUAGACGACGACGACGAUCAUCUCCUACUACUCCUACUACUACUACUACUACUACUACUAUUGCUGCUGCUACUGCUACUGCUACUGCUGCUACUAUAUAUAUUCAAGCGUUCUGCAACUUCUUUUUAUAAUUUUGAUCUUUUGUAUGCAUCUAAUUAUUAUGUAAAUAAGGAUUCCGCACCUACCAGCCUUCGUCGCUGAGGAGGUGGGGUGAAUUACUAGUAUGUUAUCUUCUUUUCUCAUUGAUACUUAGUAUAAAUUUUAAAUAA